GUCGCGCCUCCACGACCGGUGUACGUUAUCUACUAUAUGUAACAAUGAUUAGGUAAAUUACUUCAAGACCUGUGUAUUAUUUUAUAAUGACAUUAUAACUGUAAUAUUAUUUUCUGUGGUGUCGAUACAAUUAUAACUCUUGAAUUGUUUUGUAUUUGCCUAAAUACCUAAUGAUAUAAAUUGUGGUGGUGCGGUAUUCCGUGGCUUUCUGGUUGCUAACGUUUGAAAAACAGUAACGGCCUUGCAGUAGUUCGCUUACUGCCACUUGGAACGCCAUACAAUGUCUAGUUCUCAAAAGGAAAUCAAUCCGAAUACAUACACCAAUAAUGUAUGGAAACAUACCAAAGGAAAGGUCAACAGAAAGUUAGAGCGUGCCCAGCCGUACAGUUUUUUUUUGUCCUCAGUAGAUCGUGUUUCAGAAACACAUGUCGAAGACCUGACACUAUCAUUUACAGAACUUUUAGACAAAAGUCUUGGCGACUUGGAAGAUUCACUUCAUAUAAACUUCAUAAUUGAACUUGGUUGGCUCUAUGCUCAGUAUCGAAUAACUGGUCAGAGUGGAAAAAAUGUAAUUAUAUUCCAAUCUUCUGAUUAUGAGUUUGAUGAAAUGAAAAAAAUACCAAAUUUAAGUUUUCAAAAUAUAAAACUAUCAAAUCCAUUUAAUCAUCACCAUAGUAAGUUAUCAAUGUUUGCUUAUGCAGAUGGAAGUAUACGAAUUGUAGUUAUGACUGGAAAUCUUCGGGAAGUAGAAUUUAUGAACAUGACUCAAGGGUUUUGGGUAAGCCCAAAAUUCCCAUUGAAAAAUGAAGAUGAUAAAUCUGAUGGUGACUCAAAAACUGGCUUUAAAAAAGAUGUUUUGCGAUAUUUACAUUAUUAUAAUUUACCAUUAUUAAAACCUUGGAUACAAAAAAUUGAAAAAGCUGAUCUCAGUAAAGCAAAUGUUUUUUUUAUUUCUAGUGUUCCAGGCAAACACUUUGAGCCUAUGUGGGGUCAUGUAUACUUGAACAAUAUUCUGAAAACUCAUGCUUGUAUACCAUCUGGUAAACCAUCAGACUGGCCUAUAAUAUCCCAAGCCUCAUCUUUGGGGAGUUUUGGUGUUAGCGAUAAAGACUGGUUACUAUCAGAAUUUGUAGAAAGCUUGUCUCAAUCUACCCAUUAUAGCACUGAAAAAAAUUCUGUAAACUUCAAUUUGAUUUUUCCAACCAUGAAAAAUAUUUUAAAUGGUUGGGAUGGACGAGUAGGUGGUUUGUGUGUGCCAUACACUGACAAAGUACACCAAAAACAAACAUGGCUUAGAAACUAUAUGUAUAAGUGGGUUUGUAAUUCACGAAAUCGAUCAAAGAGCGUGCCACAUAUAAAGACCUACUGCCGGAUUUCACCUUGUAAUACAGAAAUGUCUUGGUUCUUACUGACUAGUGCUAAUUUAUCAAAAGCUGCAUGGGGUAAAAAAUUAAAGUCGGAUCGAAGUUACAGCAUAAGUUUAUAUGAAGUUGGAGUUUUAUUUUUACCUCAAUUUUUGACUGGAUGUGAUACAUUUUCUAUAAAUCACAAACAACAUGAUGGUAGAUCACCACCUUUUCCUAUGCCUUUUGAUCUGCCAUUAUCUCCAUACUCAAGUACUGAUCAGCCAUGGCGAAUGGAUGUGUUUUAACGUAUUAUGUCAAUAAAUUAUUAUUAUUUAUUUAAGUUUUUAAAUGCAUUUGUAUACAA